UCAUGUGUGGCUACUGUCCAGAGGACGUUAUUUGGGGGAGAACGUAUGGCAGCCAUAUGGUUGUAUGAUGCACAAAUACAAAAGCAUUGAAGCCAAAACCUGCCUUGCUAAAAAGAGGGUGGCCUUUGUCGGUGAUUCACGAAUUAGACAGCUGUUUUACUCCUUCGUUAAAAUCAUCAACCCUGAGCGAAGAGAAGAUGGAAAUAAGCACACGGACAUUUCCUUUCAGGAAGACAGCUCUUCAGUUAUUGUGGACUUUUUGUGGUGUCCUGAGGCGAAUAAUUCUAUGAAGGACCGCUUGAUAGCGUGGACGCAUGAUUCUUCACCAAAGCCAGAUGUUAUUAUCUUGGGAGCUGCCACAUGGUCCAUCAAGAUGCACAGUGGCAGCAGUCAGACACUGCAACAGUACAAAGUUAACGUGACUGCCAUGACUGUGCCCCUUGAGAGGCUGGCUGAUCAUGGAGAAGUCUACUGGGUGCUGCAAGACCCAGUAAACGAGGAGAUGUUGAGUGAGAACAGGAAGAUGAUCACCAACCAGCAGUUGGAACUGUACAACAAAGCAGCAGCAGAUGCGCUCAACAGGAGCAAGCGUAACGGCAAGUCCCGGGUCAGACUGCUGGCUGCCUCCCGCCAGGCUGCCCUGGAAACUAUCACUCAGUCAGAUGAUGGUUUGCACCUACCAGAGAGCACCAGGAACAUCGGAGCCAUGGUCCUCAUGAAUUCUGUGUGCAAUAAGCUACUGAGGCCCAUUGACGGUUCCUGCUGCCAGAAGUCUCCGCCCCCGAACCUCCUCCAAAAACUGUCAGCGUGUUUUUUCUUGGGAUCAGCCAUAGUCUUUCUGGUCCUCCACGUGCUUGGCCACAACAGACACCGCCGCCAUGUACCCCCUGAUGUGGAGAGCAUAGAGGAGAAGAAGCCCAUGUCUGCAGCCGUCCUUUUGGGUCCAACAGGUCUCUUUCUGGCUCUGUGCAGAAUGGGCGUCAUCAUGAGCUAUUUUUACCUCUGUGACAGAGCAGAUGUGUUCAUGAAAGAGCAGAAGUUCUACACACACGCCACAUUCUUCAUCCCGCUCGUCUAUAUAUUUGUGCUGGGAGUCUUCUACAAUGAAAACAGUAAAGAGACCAAAUUACUCAACCGAGAGCAAACAGAUGAAUGGAAGGGCUGGAUGCAGCUCGUCAUCCUCAUCUAUCACAUAUCUGGAGCCAGCGCUUUUAUCCCAGUGUACAUGCACGUGCGGGUGCUUGUGGCAGCGUACCUUUUUCAAACUGGAUACGGACACUUCUCCUUUUUCUGGCUCAAAGGAGACUUUGGACUCUAUAGAGUUUGCCAGGUGCUGUUCCGUCUGAAUUUCCUGGUCUUGGUUCUGUGUGUGGUGAUGGACAGACCCUACCAGUUCUAUUACUUUGUUCCUCUGGUUACCUUCUGGUUUGUCAUCAUUUAUGCCACACUGGCCAUAUGGCCUCAGAUCCUUCAGAAGAAGGCCAACAGUAGCGGCAUGUGGCAUUUGGGGGUUCUGGCGAAGUUACUGGGCCUGUUGCUGUUCAUCUGCUUAUUUGCCUAUUCACAAAGUCUGUUUGAGAGCGUCUUCUCCGUAUGGCCCGUUGCCAAACUGUUUGAGCUGAACGCAAGCAUCAGCGAGUGGUGGUUUCGAUGGAGACUGGACCGAUUUGCAGUGAUAAACGGCAUGUUAUUUGCCUUCAUCUAUCUGGUGCUUCAGAAGUGCCAGGUGUUAUCAGAGGGCAAAGGAGAAGCGCUCUUCUCUGCCAGGAUUUCCAACCUGCUUAUCUUAUUCUCCAUUUUCUCCUUCAUAACUUAUUCCAUAUGGGCGAGCAGCUGCAAAAACAAAACAGAGUGCAAUGAGAUGCAUCCUUACAUCUCUGUGGUCCACAUUUUGGCCUUCAUUCUAAUCAGGAACAUUCCUGGCUACGCCCGAUCUUUAUAUAGCUCCUUCUUUGCAUGGUUUGGAAAGAUCUCCUUAGAGCUGUUCAUUUGCCAGUACCACAUCUGGCUGGCGGCAGACACCAAAGGAAUUCUGGUCCUGAUUCCAGGCAACCCUUCUCUGAACAUAAUGGUCAGCACCUUCGUCUUUGUUUGUGUGGCUCAUGAAAUUUCCCUCAUCACCAAUGACUUGGCCCAGGUGGUCAUCCCCAAAGACAGUGUGUCCCUGCUGAAGAGACUAGGGGCUGUGGGACUACUCAGUCUUGUCAUACUGGGCCUAGACAGGGGCAGCCACACUCCACCUGGCACCUGAUAGGGGGGAUAAUAACUCUUUGUGGGGAUCACAACAGACUCGCUGAUUUUACAAUCGGGUGCAGGAGACCACCUCAGUGGUCUUUGGUGACAAUGCAGAAACUGACAGGAGAACAGUAACUUUACUAAACUGGACUCUGUGUUUGAGCAGGACUACUGUGAAGGUCACACACUGAACAGAAAGAUGCCCAGCAGAGGGGACUGGAUCCUUUUGGGCCGGCGUGGAAAGGGAUUGAAGAACGAAUAAACAAACAAAACACAAUGUUUACAUCAUCGAGUUCCAAUAGAAGAAAAGAUGACGGCAUUUAAAUAAGCAGAAUUUUAUUAAUGACAAAAAGAUGGAAUUUUAAGGCCUCUUUUACGGCGUUGCUUCUACUUUUCCCAUCAUGUUAAAGUUUGUCACAGUCCUGAAGGGAUCACCAGAAGCUGUCCGUUUGGAAGGAACAGUUUAAUGGAGGCUGCAGCAAACCCUUUUUGUUCCACUGAUCCAUAAUCUACUUAUUCAGAAAAAUAUAUCUCAAUGUGCAGAAUAUGGACCAAACACCAGACUGUCAAAAGUAACAUUUGGAGUGCAAUUAUAAAAGUUUUUUCCCCUUUUUGUUUUUGUGAGCAUUUGCCUUGUGCUGAAAGGUACUUUGGUCACCUGGUGCAGCUUUGAGAUUUAUGUGAUGUACAGUAUUUAAUGACUUAAAUUAAGGCUAUAUUUUAUAUUUUUUCCUUGGUCUUAUUUUGUACUUUAUGCCCAUGACUGCUGUUGUGAAGAAAAUAUUCUGUAUAUAAAUUUGUAGCCAUACCAGUGUGUCAGAGGAUUUAUCCGUCUAAGACACACCGCUGAGGUUUACAUCCCAACGCCUGUCUGUCCUGUUAGCACACGUCAGUUUGUAUAUAUUUGUACAAGACUUUAUUUUGAGCAUCACUGCUUUAGGCAUAUAAGGCAGACCUCAGACUAUAGAACAUAGAAAAUGCUCCAUGUUGCGCGCACACACGCUAUUGUACAAUUGCACUUGCAGCUAAAAAUACAUACCACUAUUGCUGCCAUAAA